CCUCCCCGUGGUCCCUGGCAGAAAAGAUGACCUCCCUCCAUCCUGCCAGGUAGUCCCUGCCCAGCGCCCGGCUCCGUGCCAGUCACGUUUGGUUCUGCUUCGGAGCCAGUCCCAAACAAGAGCACAGCCCCCUAGUCUUGGGAGCCGUACCUUUCCAAGAUGCCCAGGUGACAGUCGCCUGGCUGAUUCUGUAACUUCCCCAAACUUGCGCUCUCUGACUCUGGACUUCCUGCCUGGGCAGAGAGGGCAAUGGUGGCCUCUUUCCAGGAUUCUCUUCCCCUUCAGUGUGAAUGGCAGGGAGAGGCCGUUUGAGGAGACAGCCUGGAGAAAGAGCGCUGCAGGUGCCUUGUGGACAUCCUGUAACUUAGGAAAAGGACUAGAUCUGCUCUUCAGGGAUCAUGCUAAGGGACGCUAUGAAGUCUUGGAGUGAUAGCCAGUCAGACCUCUACAGCAGUGACCAAGAAGAGGAGGAAGAGAUGAUUUUUGGCGAAAAUGAGGAUGAUUUGGAAGAGAUGAUGGAUUUAAGUGACCUGCCUACCUCACUUUUUGCAUGUAGUGUACAUGAAACUGUGUUUGAGGUGCAAGAGCAGAAGGAGAGAUUUGAAGCACUUUUUACAAUCUAUGAUGACCAAGUUACAUUUCAGUUAUUUAAAAGCUUUAGAAGAGUCAGAAUAAACUUCAGCAAACCUGAAGCAGCUGCGAGAGCCCGAAUAGAGCUUCACGAGACAGAUUUCGAUGGGAAGAAGCUGAAACUCUACUUUGCACAGGUCCAGAUGUCUAGUGAACCAGGAGACAAAGCGUAUCUGCUUCCCCCGCAGCCUGUCAAACAGUUCCUGAUCUCCCCGCCGGCCUCUCCUCCUGUGGGCUGGAAGCAGGGUGAAGAUGCGAUGCCCGUCAUAAACUACGACUUACUUUGUGCCGUUUCCAAGCUGGGUCCUGGAGAGAAAUACGAGCUUCAUGCAGGGACUGAAUCUACCCCGAGCGUGGUUGUUCAUGUCUGUGAAAGCGAGACUGAAGAGGAAGAAGAAACAAAAAAUCCCAAACAGAAAAUUGCCCCGACCAGGCGUCCCGAAGCCCCUUCGACGAUACGAAACGAACCCCCCGCUUUUGGCUGUACACUGUGAAGGCAGCAACACCAGGAGUGACCUCACUCGGUCUUGGCCAUGAAGAGUAGAUUUCUCCCCCCUGCUGCUGGCCUAGGUCAGUAAGAGUGUAAGGGGGUUAGAGAUGCUGUGUUUAGCAGUCCUGUGCUGUUCUGAAAGUCGUGUACAUUAUACAUAGUACAGGGUAACAGCAGAUUUUACUAGUGAUUGUCUUUCAUGUUCAAAAUUUUAGAUGAUAUUCUAAACAGCACUUUAAUUUAAAGAAUAGUACCGCCCCCCAAUGUAGCAUCUCUGACAUAUUUUAAUAGUGGAAAAUUAGGAAUUUGGUUUUAUUUUUUUCAGCAAUGUUAACUCCUCUAAUAUCAUGUAGCAUGGGGUACCAAAAACUGGAACUAUAUUCACCCAGUACAGUACCAUUUUAUGGAUUUAAACAUAUAGUCUCUAGUUUAACAGUUCGGCGUGGGUAUUUUUGUACUGGUAUACUAGCUUCUAACCAAUAUAUUGAUCAAAUGUUAAUGCUAUUCACUAUAUACUCAUUUUUGCACGGCUAGAAAUCUAAUGUCUAGGAGAAUUAAUAGAAAAUGAAUCGGCCCAUUUCAAAGUAUUUUUUCCUUCACCUUUUUGGAAAGAAAUGCCAAAUUCACCUUGAUUGAUGAAAACUUUGGCAUCUCUCCAUGUGCAUAUUGCAGUCCUCUACCCUUAAGAGAAAGUCUGAAGGGAAGAGAUGCACAGAACCCCCUUCCUGUUGCCUAUGCCCUCUUAGAGGCUAGCUCCCUGCGGGACACCUUGCCAGUAGGCAUGAUUGACUGUGGUGUCAGAUGGCUAAUCAUAGAUUGCCAUUUGCAACUAACUGUGUUCCUGUCUAGAGUAAAAACAUGUUUUCAGCCA